AAUAUCCAGUGUUUUGUGUAUAAAUAUAGAGUGUAAAGCUACAUCUUUUCUGUGUAAUUUGGCUCAGGCGGUAUCCGGGUCGGUUUAGGGGUCCUGUAGCGGCUCCAGUGUUGUGUUUGUUAGCAUCAGCAUCAGAGCUCAGCGGAUUCUCCGUCUAACCGCGGCUCAUAAUCUCCGGAGUAAUGGCGGUUCCUCCAGUGUACGCAGACCUUGGGAAAGCUGCAAAAGACAUCUUCAACAAGGGCUACGGUUUCGGGAUGGUGAAGCUGGACUUCAGAACCAGGUCUGCAAACGGAGUGGAGUUUAAGGGCUGUGGAGCGUCCAGCAUGGACUCAGACAGGGUCAGUGGGUCUCUGCAGAGCAGCUAUCAGUGGAGGGAGUUCGGCCUCGGCUUCAUGGAGAAGUGGAGCACAGACAACACACUCAACACACAGAUCACUGUGGAGGACCAGAUCACUCCAGGACUGAAGUUGACCUUUGACACCAGCUUCUGUCCUAACUCUGGUAAGAAGAGUGGUAAGCUGCAGAUGGGCUACAGGCGAGCGUGUGUGUGUGUGCGCUGCGGGGUGGACUUUGACUCUGGUGGUCCGGUUGCCCACGGCGAUGCAGUGCUGGGGUUGGAGGGUUUGCUGGCCGGAGUUCAGAUGAGCUUCAGCAGCGCCACCUGCAGGCUGAGCAGCAGCAGAGUCUCCAUCGCUUACCAGACGGCAGACUUCCAGCUGCACGCACAGCUGAGUGACGGCUCAGAGUUCGGCGGCUCCAUUUAUCAGCAGGUGAGCUCUGACCUGGAGACGGCGGUGAGUCUGUCCUGGAGCGCAGGAAACAGCAGCAGCAGCAGCUUCAGCAUCGCUGCUAAAUACAUGCUGGACACAAACUCAUCCAUCAGUGCCAAAGUCAACAACUCCAGUCUGCUUGGAAUCGGCUACACUCAGACCCUCAGACCAGGGGUGAAGCUGACUCUCUCCGCUCUGCUGGACGGCAGGAACUUCAUCAGCACUGGAGGGCAUCAGCUGGGUUUGGGUCUGGAGCUGGAGGCGUAGCAGAGCAUCAUGGGAAACACGCACUUCAUAUACACACACAAACACACACACACACACACACACUCCUAUUUAUUUCCAGCUCUUCCUGCUCUGCACAAACAGAGCUUUCUCUCUCAGUUCCCUGAUUCAGAGGGGCACUCUGCGCUCCGUGUUCUCACACACCCUUCUGCUGAUUGUUUGGCUUUAAUUAGGGAUGAAUAAUUAUGAAUUAUUUAAUAUGUAAAAAAUAUCUGAAUGCAGACAUUCACAUCAGAUUUAUUAUCUGAUUAUUAUUAUAUAUUUGUUUCAUUCAGUCAUUUUUCUUUAUCUUAGUCUCUUUAUUCAUCAGGGGUCACCACAGCAGAAUGAACUGCCAAUUAUUCCAGCAUAUGUUUUACACAGUGGAUGCCCUUCCAGCUGCAACCCAGUACUGGAAAACACCCAUACACACUCAUUCACACACACACUCAUACACUACGGCCAGUUUAGUUGAUCAGUUCCCCUAUAGUGCAUGUGUUUGGACUGUGGGGGAAACCGGAGCACCCGGAGGAAACCCACACCAACACGGGGAGAACAUGCAAACUCCACACAGAAAUGCCAACUGACCCAGCCGGGACUUGAACCAGAGACCUUCUUACUGUGAGGUGAUUGUGCAGCCCUACAUCACAGUUUUACUCUAUAAUAUUUGUUGUGUUGAUUUAUUGUAGUGCUUUAUCUUCAAACUCGACACCUUUACUAAAAUGGCUGAUAAAGACCUCAAAUUACAUCUAUUUUAAUUGAAUAAUUUGUAAAAUUGAAAAUGAUAACACUUAUGUUUGUUUUCUGAAAUUUAACAUUAUUAUUCAUGUCAACCCUGUUUUGUGUGAAGUUUAGUGUGUGUGUGUGUUCGUGUGUGCGUGUGUGUGUGUGUUGAACAUGAACGUGAGUGAACGCCAUCUUCAUCUUUUCCUGCUGCUGUGUUUAAUA